AGAUUCUGGCCCGGUUUCUUCUUUAAAGAACACAAACAAGUCUACAGAACCAGCGCCCCCCAGAGGUGGGCUCUCUUCUGUAACUGGACCUCAGCAGACAGGAAAACCUUAAAUCCUCAGAUGACACCAAGGAGCGACUGUGGCUCAGUGUAGAGUUGAGUUGUUGUCCUGCAAUCAGGAGGUCGGAGGUUUGAUUCCUCCGGCCGAUGGGCCCCUGGGCAAGGCACUGAACCCCAAGUUGCCAACCAGUUGGUGCUUAAAUACAUGUGUGUUUAGAAAGGUGACUGCUUUCUAAAAUGUCUGUUUGAUUGUUCUGAUGGGGAUGACAGGAUGUGGAUCAGCUCAUCCACUGGUGUGAUCAGAACCUCCUGCAGCUAGACUCACUCAAGACGGUGGAGAAGACGGGCUUCUGGAGAACUCCUCAACAACACUGGGUCUGAAACUAAAUCUUUAGCUUAACUUAGUUGAGAGGCUAGCUGUUUAGCUUAAAGAUUUACAAAUGAAUGAAAAGUAUGCUGAAGAUAUGACUGAAGAAUGAAACCAGUUUAUUUCUAAAUAGGCUAAAUAACCCAAAUUAUUGCUGGUAAUUUUUGACUGUGUAACUUUACAAACAGCUCCUGAUUCAAACUCUGCUUCUAUAUUUAUAUGAAACUGGACCAAUAAAGCUGCUUCUGAUUCCUUUGCUUCCAGCCAUCAACCUGUUAUCCGGUUGCACUAAUGUUCAUUAUGGGUGUCAGUCGUAUUUAUUCAGAUUUGCUUCAGAUUUUAAUCAUUGAUGUUUUUAGAUGUUUGUUUCCUCGGUGCAGUAAAGCUGCUCUCAUCAGUUAAGUUUCUGUCACCAGCUGAGCACCAUCAUGGAAACAUCUGAAAUGAGAGUGUUUGUUUGAGGAAGGUGUGGUUUGUGGUCACACUGACAGCAAACGCUGCAUCUGGACGGGAAAGCAGAUUCUCUGCAGCAACACAGCGAAUUAAGUCAGCGGGUCGGAGCCGAGCAGAACCAGGACUCUGGGUCCGAGAGCCAGAGAGCGGCAGGGAGGAAGGUCCAAUUCCAACCUUCUCAAACGCAGCCAGAGGUGGGUGGAUUAACCCAAACACUGGAUUCAAGUAUGGACCUCUUUAACUGCUCCAAGCUCCCCACCAACAAAACCGGCAGUAGCAUUGUCUUCACCAACCAGGUCCUCCCGUCGUUCUACAUCGUCCUCUUCGUUGUGGGUGUGGCGCUAAAUGGCUUGGCUGCCUGGAUCUUCUUCAGAGUCCCAGCAGAUUCUGCUCUGGUGGUUUACCUGAAGAACAUGGUGGUGGCUGACCUCCUCAUGCUGCUCUCCUUCCCCGUCAGGGUGGCGGUGAAAAUGGGCUUCAACACCUGCCACCUUUGGAUUUUCAACUGCCGAUUCAAUGCCGUGCUCUUCUACGUGUCCAUGUAUGUAGGAAUGCUGUUCAUAGGCUACAUCAGCCUUGAGCGCUAUGUCAAGAUUUCCCAGCAUGCAUCUUCCUCCACAAGCACCUCCUCUUUCAAGACAAAAUGUAGUGGAGUGUCUGAUCUAAAUCUUAUGCAGAAUACCACCUUUGCUCAGGUUCUGGCGGUCCUCACCUGGGGUCUCCUCUUCUUAUACUCUGCACCCAACGCCAUGCUGGCAACCUGGCCAGCCAAAGACCAUAACUUCACAAAAUGCAUCCAACUGAAGACACCACUUGGUGCCCAGUGGCACAGAGUAUCUGUCCUUAUUAACAUGUCUCUAUUCUGGGUAACACUACUUAUCGUAGGCUUCUCCUACACCUUCAUAGCUUACCGGAUCUACAAGACGUACCGCUGCAUGCGACGCGACAGCAGGGGCAUCUACCGGAACUCCAACCGCAACAUCUUCAGCAUUCUGGCAGUGUUCUUUGUCUGCUUUGUGCCGUAUCACGUCUGCCGCGUGCCUUACACCAUGAGCCAGAUGUCAUCGUCAAGCUUCAGCGAAGGUAACAGUAUCCUGCUUCACCAGAUCAAAGAGGGGACUCUAUUCCUGUCGGCGACGAAUGUCUGCCUCGACCCCCUGAUCUACUUCCUAAUGUGUCGAAACUUCAGAAAGUCACUUAUAAGAAAACUGUCCAGUAAAAAAAGGAGGAAGCCCCUGUCAACCAAUCAGAGUCUGAGCAACAUGUAGAGGGGGGGAUGGAGGAAUGGAUGCAAAGCAAGAGGAGAGACUGAAAGAGAAGACAAGGACAGAGAUGGUCCUGGAAGAGGAGGCAAUCAGAGCACAGUAGAUCCUUGAUGACCACAAAGAGUUUGGGCAACAUCUUGGCCAACAGGAGACAGGAGGCUGAACAUUUUUGUGCACCAAUGGAGAAAGAAACUGAUGAGGAAUCCUCAAACCGAGAACAUUGGUGAGGCCAAAGUUGUGGUCCAAAAAACAUUCUGGAUGGUAGGGGCCUCUAUUUAGGGGAAAGUUGAUGCUCUCCGUGUCCUUAGAAGAAUCUCUUGUUGCACUGAUAUGAGACAUGAAAAUACCAACCAAAUCAGGACACAGAGACUUUGCAUAAGUGGUGACUGAGAAGAUAUCAGCCACCAUGAAGGUUUGACACAAUGAGUUUUUGUUGUCUUUGUCAUGACUAUAAGUCCUGCAUGUCCAAUAUCAUGCUGGUAAUAAAAAGCUGCCUCAUUUCAGA